UUUUAAUCAUGAAUUCUAAUAUUUUAACCAGUGCGAAUGACGGUACUUCUAGUAUAUUUUGUGAGUUGCAUGGAUCGAUAAUUUAUACUUUACGAAAGAAUCUACGUCUUAGGGCUAAACCAUUUCAGAGGACUUAUGAACCUCUUCGGAGGGCGAAACAACCUCUUCGGAGGGCAAAACAACCUCUUCGGAGGGCAAAUCAAUCUCUUUGGAGAACAAUUGAACAAUCUCUUCGGAGAUCAAUGCAAUUAGAAUCUCAGAAACGUAAGCUUUUACAUUCAAGACCUGUCCACAGUAGUUGUAUUAAAUGUAUAAAUUCAGAUCGCUGUGUGUGUAAAUGUAAUUAUCGAUUUUCUGUGAGAUCUUGUGCAAGAAAAUUAAGUCAACCAAAUAUGAAACGAUUUAGAAGAGAUCGCGAGCCUUCUAGAUUACCUUUGAAGCGAAUAAUAUUAGCUAUGAGAAAGAGGAAAAAUAGACCACUUCUAAAGCGUUACUUGCUAAUGUCUGCACCCAAGUCUUCUACUUUAAACAAACUAGUGGGCAAUUUCAAGGAAUAUUGUUUUCAAUUUAUGCAUACGCAACAUACAUUUCUUCAGUCAUUUGCAUAUAUUAGACCAUCCGUUAAUUUAGUUCAGAGAAAGCAUAAAAUUAGAAAACAUUCUUUAUGCAAUCAAUCAAUAAACAAAAAUAGCAGUUUUCUCUGUCAGUAUAACAUAUGUGAAAAUAAACUGUUGUUGUCAGGAGAUAUUGAAUUAAAUCCUGGUCCUGUUAAAAAUACCAACAUUGUUCUGCCAUCAAAUAUAGUGUUAGCACAAAGGCUAAGACGCUAUCAGUUAAUACCAUGUGAUGUUGGUGGGGGUGGCGACUGUUUCUUUCGAGCGGUGUCUCAUCAGUUAUAUGGUGACCCUGAGCGCCAUUUAGAAGUUAGAGCAGUCGGUAUUGCAUAUUUGCGAGACAAUCCUCAGAGAUUCAUUGAAAGUAAUACUGAAAACUCCUUGUUAGAUUAUCUCAAUACUAUGUUUUUUUAAACAGAAUAGCUAUAUAUAGCUACCUAUAAAUUUGCCAAAUGAUGAUAAAUUGUUUGGGCCAAAUGAUCAUAAAAUGAUCAUAAAAUGAUCAUAAAAUGAUCAUAAAAUGAUCAUAAAUCAUUUGGAAAAAUGUAGUUUUUCCUUCAAUAAUGCUGGUGGUAUAACUAAAACCCUGUCUUUCGAUUUUUUACGUGAUGAGCAACAUGCAGUCCGCCCGUGCAAAUUCUACUAGGACUUGACUACAUACAUGGAAACCUUAUAGUCCGAGUACGCCAAAAAUAGCACGAGUGCUGGGUAACACUGUUGCGACAUAAUCAAGAUGAGACGUUUGUCAUGUGUCAAGUCGUGUAUUUAUUUGACGACCUCUAGGUAUAGCAUUUCAUUUUGAACUUAGGUUUGGUUGUGAGCGCUAUAGAAGUGCGUGGCUGCGUGCCUUGCAUGGAAAUGUUGUACGUAGAUAUUACAGUGUUAUGCUGUGGCUUUAUUUAUUCAUUUGGCUAUAGUUGUCUAUAUUGCUUGAUGAAUUGUUGGCUUGUAAGGCGUCAGUGAAGUGCCAGUUUGAAUGUCAUGGGAAGAAUAUUAAAGUCUCGCUAUUCACAGCCGAAUGUUUUAUGCAAUGUUUUCCAGCACGGAAUUUGGUUUCAUUGAAAGGCUCAACAGUGGCCGGCAAAGGAAUAUUUCAUUACCUAAGAACAACCACAGUUCUCUGCUCAUUUUGCUGUGGGGAGUCUGCAUCACCAAUAACGAAGGGCGAGUAUUUAGAGAAUGUCUGUCAAGAAAAGUAAAAUUAAAGCCGUUGUCUAUGGUAAUGCCUCCAUAUUGUCAGGAAAGCAAUUUACUGACGCUGUCAACAGAACACUGAGUUCAUUGGUUUUUGUCAUUUCCAUACAACUCAAUCCAAGGAGAAUUUUCGUCUUCCCAGAAGCGGCAUGCGCCAGGCAGAGUAUAAACAACAUUUAUAAAUGAUGAGUUGCCAAACUGGUCACAGUUACUGUUUUCGGCAGAGACUUUAACGUAGAGAGACUCGUGUUCUUUGAUGCUGAUCCGGUGUCGUCGGCGUAAAUGAUCUGAGAUUCUUGAAACUGGAAUAUUGUAAUAUCGACAGCCAGGUACAUGGCAGGUUCUUCUUGCGUGACGGUCAGCUGAGGAUUUUGUGCAAGUCCUUCUUAUGGCACUUGGGGUUUGGUAUUUUUGAUGCUGCGCCAUGGUAAUAGACGGAUGAACUCUUUUAAGAUGCCUGUCAAGUCGUUUAAAGAACAAUCCAUGUUGUGUACAGCCCUCCACUCGACAAACGCCGCUCUGAGGCAUGCUGUGUUACAGUAUUGCUUGUGUUUAUUAUUAAUGGUGAUUAUUCGUUCAAUGUUUUGCAAGAUGUAUAGCUGUCUAUCAUAUGACUCAGAAUUCGAAUCGACGAACGUUUUGGCGGGCUUUGUUUGUAAAUUUUCCCGCGCCUUAUUGUGGUCAUUAAAAUUCCUUUUCUGAUAUAGAAUUACAAAUCUGAUGUUCAAUCAUUUAAAUUUUUUUGCAACAAAACAUUCCACAAAGCAUUCCAAAGUUGAUGAAAUUGCAAAAUCAAGUUUCUGUCAUAUUUCUGUCAGUAUCAUCAAAUUUAUGACAUACCUGUGGUCUGAUUAUUUCUUCAACGUUUCACGAGAUGUACAGAAUGUCCGCAAAAAAGAACCCUUUUCAA